AUGAGCACCAUAACUAGUGAACAGAGGAGUCGAGAGCAGGACCCACAUGCUACUACUACUACUGCUACUGCUGCUACAACAACAAGUAAUACACCUAAAGAUAACUGCAUUAAUGAUGACUCCGCCGACCUUGCAUUUGACCAGACGAUACUUGACGACACUAAUAAGAUAUUAAAAGAGUUGGAACGUAAGCUAUCCAUUCUGUCAUCAACGUCAUCACAAUAUACAAAUGCGUCAUCAGUGGUGCACAACAACCAAUUUCUGGGAUUAGGCAAACAAAGGAUACAAAGUCAUGUGUUAAACACCAUGAUCCACGAUAGUCAUCACGACUACAAUGAGAAUGACAAGACCCAGCGAAUACAUAAUAGCAUCUUUAACCCCAAUGAAUUAUUCCAAGAAAGAAGCCAAUACAGCAAAUUUACCAAAUUCACUGCCCAUUAUAAUGACGAUAGUGUAACGAACAAGGGUCCUCAAAUGACGAAACAAAGGGAUAGAAAGGGAAGCAAUACCGUUAUAAGGCAGAACUCACUUAAUUUAACUCAAAAUAGGUUGGAAAAGAAGUACCAAUCACAAAAUUAUGCUAAUGAUAGAAAACAAAUUGAUGAUAUUUUAGGAGAUGCGCAGAUAAAUGAUGUGUAUGCAUCGGAUGAGGGUAGCGCUGAAGAGGAGGAGGAGGAGGAAGAUGACGAUGACGACUCGAGAUAUGAUUUCUAUUACACGGCUGGAGAUGAUGAGAAUGACGAAGACUUUGAUACAUUUGAUGACGAUCUAACACAUCUGGAUGAUGACUUAAAUGGAGAGAAACACAAUCAGUGUUACGGUCACGAAGAAGAAGAAGAGGACCAAAGUGAUUUAAUAAUACCGCCUUCACCACCAAGAUCACCCCCUCGAGAUUUAGAUCCUAGUAAAUUAUACGGACUUUACGAUUUCUCAGGCCCUGAUCCAUCGCAUUGUUCAUUAACACGCGACGAGCCAGUACAUUUACUCAAUGACGAAGAUAAUUAUUGGUGGCUAAUUAAGAAGUUGACCAAAGACGAACGGAUAGCAAGAUACGAAGAAACUAUGGAAGGAGAUAUAAUAGAUAUUGAACUGGAUAAAGAGGAUGGCAAGAUUGGAUUUGUUCCUGCCGAAUGUCUUGAAACUCACGGAGAGCGAUUAGCGAGAUUGAAUUGUCACAGGAAUGAAGAAAUGGAAAGAUUUGUGGAGAAUGAAUUACAGUUGACUGAUCGCCAACCAAAAGUGAAAAAAGCUGUCAAGUCCGUGACAUUUGACAAUUUGGGGGAUUUGAUAGAUAGUGAUGACGAACUUAUGAAAGACGAAAUGGCUACGGAAUUCAAGCAGCAAAGGUACCUUGGGCCUACUGAAAGUACAGGCACAGGUACCUUUGCUAUCAACAGAGACGAACAAGAUAUACGUAAGAUUCUAGAACUUUACAAUGUCGAUUUGAAUGAAUUACAGCAGCCACUGCCAAUGCAGGAGCCUGAGACAUUGAGUGAUGUUUAUCCAAUGGAAUCUCCAUUAAUUAUAAACAAACGAAGCAAUUAG